AUGUAUUCAACAUUUUGUCCUCAUAUCUGGAAAACAAGAGAUCUCUCCUGGAAGGGCUGUGUUGGCAUUUGUACUGAUGGCGCCUCAUCAAUGGUUGGCUCCAUAAAAGGUUUUGUUUCUCUUGUUGAACAAGAAAAUCCUGAUAUAAUCUCAACAUACUGCUUUCUUCACAGAGAGGACUUGAUUUCAAAAUCACUGGGAAAUGAAUUGAAAAAAGUUUUUGACGAUGCUACAAAAUUGGUCAACUUUAUUAAACAAAGACCAGUUCACCCCAGAAUUUUUAAAAGACUGUGUGAAUGCAUGAACAAAGAACGUAUAAAUCUAUUGCUAUAUACGGAAAUCCGGUGGCUGGGUAGAGGAAAAGGUUUACAUAGGUCGUUUGAGGUGAGAGAUGAGUUGCAGAAAUACUUUCAAGAAACCAAUAAGCAAGAUUUUGCUAAGUGCUUUGAAGAUGAAAAUAUGACUGCAGAGGCUUAUAAGACAUUUUUCAUCACGUGA